AUGUCGAAGGGUUUGACGUCACUGACCGCUGGCGGGAAAAGGUGGGGAAACCCGGGUCCGGCCGCGGGAAUGGCCGAGCUGGACUCGGAUGCGGGGAGCGAUGAAGUGGUGCUCACGCCGGCUCAACUCAUCUGCAGUUUGGAGGAGGCUUGGAUGAAUGAGAAAUUUGCCCCAGAGCUGCUAGAAAGCAAAACAGAAAUUGUUGAAUGUGUCAUGGAGCAGCUUGAACACAUGGAAGAGAAUUUGAAACGAGCCAAACAAGGCGACCUAAAAAUCAGCAUUCAUCGUAUGGAAGUGGAAAGAAUCCGUUACGUUCUCAGCAGUUACUUGCGCUGCCGACUUCGGAAGAUUGAGAAAUAUUUCCCCCAUGUCCUGGAGAAGGAAAAGACUCGGGCAGAAGGAAAUCCAUCUAUCUUGUCCCCGGAAGAGUUUGCCUUUGCCAAAGAGUACCUGGCAAACACAGAGAACCAUCUCAAAAAUGUUGCCCUGAGACAUAUGCCUCCAAACCUUCAGAAAGUUGAGUUCCUCAAGGCUGUUCCCAAGCCCAACCUGGAUGCCUUCAUCUUCUUGAGAGUGAAAGAGAGACAAGAAAAUAUAAUGGUGGAGCCGGAGCAUGAUGAACAGAGAGAGUACGUCAUUGACCUGGAUGAAAACUCCCAACAUCUGAUCCGCUACAAGACGAUUUCUCCCUUGGUGGCUUCUGGGGCAGUUCAGCUCAUUUAGACCUGAUGGAUUUAUACAUGCCUUUUUAGCCAAGAUACCAAUCCUAAGACUGACCUGUGUGCCCGGGUAGCCAGUGCUUGGCGAUUAACUUUGGGAAUUUAAUUCAACUGGUUUGAUUCCAGCAUUGGAUUGAUUGAUUGAUUCCCAAAUGGCUGUUUGUGCUGCUGAAACAAUGGCAUGCAAUUCCAUCCCUGGGAAAUAGGCUCCUAUUCACUCCAAGGAAAGGGAGGGAGAAAAGAUCGGGAAAGUGGAAUGGUCCAGUUCAGCAACUUUAAGGACAUAUCAUUACCUGUCCAGCAGGUGGCAGUAGGCCUGUUCUGAAAGGGCCAGGUUCCAGCCAUGGAAUAAAAAUAUAACAUUGUAUAGCAAAGAGUGGGUAACUUUUUAAUUAUUUUCCC